UCUGGCAACAUUUUUACAUAGGUCUUUCUUUAAUAUUUCGAUUGGUUUACCAAGCACAGACGCCCACAUACAUUUCAAUGUGUGGACUUCGUCGUCUUCUAUUUUGUUAAUCUGCGUUGCUUAAAUUAACUCAGUGGUGGUCCCAGCUACCGUUAAACACUCCGGCAUGACACAGCAGCACUAAUGAGAUUGUUUGAAAUGAUGCAUCCAGACAACCAACAAACUGAUUAAAGGCGACGCUCUCCCACAGUCAGUCAGUGGAGAGACGUCGGCAGGAUAAGACAAGUCACCCUAAGGAAUACAGUGCUUGAAUCGCGGAGGUGCCGCUCACUACUGAGUUUCAUGGUGAAUUUCUAUUGAAAGGGAAAAGGAAGAAAGGAGGGGAGUUACAAGCCAAUUGCUCUGAAACAAACAGGAUCUCCCCAGAACAAUAUCAAGUGUGAAGUUAUUGCAUUUUGUCUGAACGGCUGCCAUUGAAUAAAAGCUUCUGCCCGGCUGCCCUGCAUCAACAUGACUGAAAGUCGCAGGGAAGCACUGGCAGCGCCAGAAGCGACCACCGCUGCCCAGGCCACUGUCGUCAAUGCCACAGAGUCCGCUGGCCAAGGGGGAGCAGGCAAGGACGAUGCCUUUUCCAAGAUCAAGGGCAAGUUCAUGAAUCAACUGAACACAAUUCCAUUGCCGCAAUGGGCCUUAAUAGCUAUCGGCAUCGUAGCUGCCCUGCUGAUUCUAACCUGCUGCUUGUGUGUCUGUAAGAAGUGCUUGUUCAAGAAGAAGAGUAAGAAGAAGGGCAAAGAAAAGGGUGGGAAGAAUGCCAUGAACAUGAAAGAUGUCAAAGACGGAGGCAAAAAUGGAAGGGAUCAGGCUGUGAAGGAUGAUGAUGACGAUGAUGAUGCAGAGACUGGGCUGACUGACGGAGAGAAGGAGGGUGAGCUCAAGGAGGCAGAGAAGCUGGGAAAACUACAAUACUCUUUGGAUUAUAAUUUCACAGAGAACCAGCUUAUUGUAGGCAUCAUUCAAGCAGCGGAACUGCCUGCCUUGGAUAUGGGUGGCACAUCUGAUCCUUAUGUGAAAGUCUUCCUGCUGCCUGAUAAGAAGAAGAAAUUUGAGACCAAAGUCCACAGAAAGACCCUUAAUCCCACUUUCAACGAGCAGUUUACUUUCAAGGUGCCCUAUGCCGAACUGGGAGGCAAGACUCUCGUAAUGAAUGUAUACGACUUUGACCGAUUCUCCAAGCACGACAUCAUCGGGGAACUUAAAGUCCCAAUGAACACGGUGGACUUUGGCCAUGUGACUGAAGAAUGGAAGGACCUGCAGAGUGCUGAAAAAGAAGAGCAAGAGAAGCUGGGCGACAUUUGCUGCUCUCUCCGCUAUGUGCCUACUGCUGGUAAACUGACUGUUGUCAUCCUGGAAGCAAAGAACCUGAAGAAGAUGGACGUGGGUGGCUUAUCAGACCCUUAUGUGAAAAUCCACCUGAUGCAGAACGGCAAGAGGCUCAAGAAAAAGAAGACAACGAUCAAGAAGAACACUCUGAACCCCUACUACAAUGAGUCGUUCAGUUUUGAAGUGCCGUUCGAGCAGAUCCAGAAAGUGCAAGUUGUGGUGACUGUUCUGGACUAUGACAAGAUCGGCAAAAACGAUGCGAUCGGCAAGAUCUUUGUGGGCUUCAACAGCAGUGGAACCGAGCUGCGACAUUGGUCAGACAUGCUGGCUAAUCCGAGGAGGCCCAUCGCACAGUGGCACGUUCUAAAGCCGGAGGAAGAAGUCGACGCAAUGCUUACCGUCAAGAAAUAAAGAAGAGAAGCCUUUCAAUACCUACCCAUGUAGUGCUGUAUAUGUAAAUACCUCAGUGAUAUGGGUCCAUUCACUUCCAUCUUUUGUGUUCUCUGACCACCAUCACCUUUUUUUACAACAGUUAACGGUACUUUUUAUUUUCUCUUGAAUUUCCUUUCCACCUUUGCAGAUAUAGAGGCCCUUAAAAAAAAAAAAACACCCUCUUCUCACUUUACUGCAUCGUUUGUUUUGUUUUUCAAGCCACCCCCUUCUUUUAAGCAAUAUGAUCUGUGUAGAUAGAGCAUGACUCAAAUUAUUUAUUGUAUUACACAGUUGUAUAUACCAGUAUCCUGACAAAAUGAUUUCUAGUCUGUGUGUUUGUAUGUUGUUAAGCGUUUCCUAUUCUGUGUAUAUCUCGAUGUUUUUAAUAAGAUGUUCUAUUUUAAAUUAUGUAAAUGGACUGAGAAAGCUUAUAUUAUAUGAAAGCCGAUAUUAUAUAUUAUAGGAUUCACAAUUCUAUCUUACUGCAUUCAAGUUAAAAUUCCAACCUGCAAGAAGACACUAGUGGAGGUGAACUCACAUUGUAAAGGACAGUGCCAGUCUGUAUGUUUACUUAUCAAACCAUCAAAAAAAAAGGCCAUUAACUAGUAUGGUUACACAAGAAAAAAAAGUAUGCUGCUGAAAAUGAUAUAAGCACAGGGUUUCUUAUGACUUUUUAUACUAUGUUUUUUUUUUUUGAAUUGAAGAUCUUUAAGUUUAGCUUCAUCAUUGUACCAAGACAUUCCAAAAAGCUAAAACGAUUGCUUUUUUUAUUGUUUGAGCAAGGUUUCACGGUGUGGACCGGUGAGUUACUUUUAAGUACAAUAGGUCAUCUGUUAAGACCAUGCUUUCUUUAAUGGUCUUUAUUUUUUAGAAGCAGAUCUUCUUGAACUUGUAAGCAUUCCUUUGACCCCCUGAAUAUAACCCCCUCUGAAACGGAAUGAUUCUCUAGCCAUUGUGUCCUUCAAGCUAGAUUAAUAGUAUUUUCCUAAUUAUCUAAUGCUGAUAGUCUUGAUGUUGGAUAUAGACAUACUUGAGAGUCUGGAGUCUGGUUUUCAAAGUGGGGAAAGGGGUUUUGACACUAGCUUUAAGAUCAAUAUUUUUAGAUAACGUUUUCAGUGUCGGGUAUUUUUUAGUAACUGCAUGAUUUUUUUAAUAAUGUUUUGCUAAUUAACUUGGGUCGGGGGGGGGGUUGUUCUGCUAUACUCGGGGGUCUCUUUUUGUAGUGUCCCCUUACCUUCAAUCAAGAAAAAAAAUCAAACAAAAGGUAUAUUUUACAGCAUGGCUAAAAAGAAAAUGAAAGUCAAAAAUCCAGCAGGAUAGUAUAUACAUGUAGAAAAUGCUGAUGAGAGUUAAAACACUGCCAUUUUCAGGGAGGUAACAACAGUGUCCUUUUCUUCAAGUGCACUCUGUACAGGCCGCGCUUGUUGUUUUUUUCAGGCCCAAAAUGGUACCAGGAAUGUCAGCCGCCAUAUUGCUCUGCCUUCUCACGGUGGCAACAUUGUCAGCCAUGUUGUUUUACUGCCUCUUUCCUGUGGCUGCCGUGUUCAGCUAUGAGUUGUCUGCUGCAGGAGUUGGCACUAAGCUGACUUCAAACAGAAAAGGCUGCCAGGUUUUUCUGUUUGUUCAGAGAAAUAAUGGCAUGGUCGCUCUGCAUAUCUACAGCAGCAGUCAUGACUGCCAUUUUGGACUGGGUUUUAAUGGAAACAAAAAUGGCUGCCAUUUUGUAUCACCACACUACUGAAGCCAUGGUAGCUGGUAUGUUCUCUAGUGUUCUUUUAACACAAAGAGAUGAGAAUAAUAAAUAAAUAAAUAAAUACAUACAUAAUCAGAAACCGUAAAAGUUAAUGGUCUCCUUCAUUAAUGAAACAAUUCAAAAUAAUCAUUGUGUCCUUUACUACAGGUUAACAAGAGGAAUACAAAUUGAAAAGUUCUAGUAAAUUAAAACAGAUUCCCUUAUCUUUGAGGAACCUCUUGUAUAUGCUAGAUGCUUGCUUCAGGAGGAGUUUCUAAAUGUUUUCAAUGUUAUUAUGUAGUAAAUGGCACUAUUAUAAAGCUAUUAGUCAUUCCAUGAGAGUCUCUAGGGACUGCUUUGUGUAUCACUGUGAGUGCCAUGCAUGCUUAGAAAUGUAGAUUCCUCAGUGGAUAGCGACCGAUUUGUUCUGUAGUGAUAUUGUAUUAAUGCUGCCAUUCCCUUCUACUGCACUGCUGAGAUUGUGCAUAGCACAAACAGUUCUAAUAACCGCGGACCAAUCAAGAACUGAUGGGCUAUGCAUUGGAAACAGAGUUUUAAAAGAGAGCAGCUCAAAUCACACAGCAUUUUGUUGAGCACUGUGCAAUAUGAUGUCUGUUCUUCAUGGCUCAUAGUGUUACUGUAUGUGGGCUGUGUAGCCCAGGAGAGAAGAUUCUUAUUAUUGAUUACGUUCAUUGUAAAGCAAUGGUUAGGACACAGCACAUUGAGCUCAUAUUGAAAUAUGAGCUAAACACAUUUGUGAUGUGGUUUUUUUUUUGUUGUUGUUUUUAUCCUAUUUUUUGCAUGCAGGUCCAACUACAAAAUAUUCAGGAAUUACAAUGAAAAAAAGACCAAAAUGUUACAAUUUAUUAUUAUUAUUAUUAUUAUUAUUAUUAUUAUUAUUAUUAUUAUUAUUGUAAUAUUUAUUGUAGUGAGUAAGGAUUUGUACACCUGAAUGUACCCCUAGGUUUAGCUUAACAUAAUCUGUAUGUUAUUAUGGGACCAGAUACAGAUGGCAAUAAAUAGUGAUCAUUUAUUAAAUCAAAAUUCAGAAUUUUGAGUAUCACAUUAAGUCUUUUGGGGCAGAGAUACUGUUUAUACUCUAUUAAUGUUAUAUGCAAUUUAAAGACAAACUCCCUUUUGUAAAUUCCAUGAAAUGCAUUGUUUUUGUUAUUCCUGUUGAUAUUUCUCAUGGUUUCCAAACAUUUUAUUGUUUAGCAUUUCCGGAUCUCAUACUGUGAAUAAGGUUGGUUUGGGGAUCUAAAAAAAAACAUUUAGUACAACAAUAGCCCUGGAGCUAAGGGCCAGUCCCACAAAACAAACUGCAUUAAGUAUAAAUUACAUAACAGCAACAACACUCUUCUAUUUCUAUAUCUCCUUUCAUCACAGGCAUUUAUUUAUUUAUUUAGCAUUUAUUAGAGCAUCUUUAACCAAAGCGCUUCACACACACAUUAAAACAUU